CUUUUCCCUCCUCCUCCCCACUCCAGAUUUAUUCGGAUCACCCCUAUCUGUUUCUUCCCCAAAUCUCCAAAAACCAAGAAAAAAAAAAUUCUGUCUGUUUCAAUUUGAUUGAAUUCAUUUCUUCAGUCUCGUCUUAUUUCGGGUGAAAAAAAAACAAAAUACAUAAGAGAAAAUGAGUGCCGGAGAACUUUUAAACAUUGAACCAUUGGAGCUCAAGUUCCCUUUUGAGCUGAAGAAGCAGAUCUCUUGUUCAUUUCAAUUAUCUAAUAAGACAGAAAAUCAUGUCGCAUUUAAGGUCAAAACGACGAAUCCCAAAAAAUAUUGUGUUCGACCAAACACGGGGAUUGUUUUGCCGAGAUCAACUUGUGAUGUGAUAGUUACAAUGCAAGCGCAAAAGGAAGCUCCUGCUGACUUGGUGUGCAGGGACAAAUUUCUGCUCCAGAGCACAGUUGCUAGUCCUGGAGCAACACCGAAAGAUAUAACUGGAGAUAUGUUCAACAAAGAGAGCGGAAAUCUAGUUGAAGAAUGCAAACUAAAAGUUGUUUAUGUAUCCCCUCCACAACCUCCAUCACCAGUUGCAGAAGGAUCUGAAGAGGGUUCUUCUCCUAGGCCAUUGAUAUUUGAAAAUGGGAGUUUUGGUGGUUCUGAGGUCUCGAGAAAGUUUGUGGAUACAUAUGACCGAUCCUCAGAGGCAAGAUCUCUCAUUUCAAAGUUAACUGAGGAAAAAGCUGCUGCAGUCCAACAUAGUAAAAGAAUUCGUCAAGAAUUGGAACUCUUGAGGCAUGACAGCAACAAAAGUCGUGGCGGUGUAUCUGUAGUUAUUGUCAUUGUCUUUGGCUUGCUGGGCAUCAUAUUGGGAUACACAUUGAAAAGGACAUAAUUCUUCCAGUGAGGACACUGAUUUUGCAUAGUUAGCAUUUGUGUAGCAGGAAACUUGAUCUGGUGGAUUAUAGGUGUAUUCUUUUAUGAAGUUGAUGAAAUUUUUUUAUUUCUUGUUAUUCAACUAGUAUUUAAAAAUGCAGUUUGAUCUUGUAGGAUAAAUUACUGCUUUGCAAGACAUUGAAAAUCCCAAAAAAUGUUGGGAGAUAGUUUCUUCUUAAGCACCAUAAUCCAAUUAUUUUCUGUUA